UUGGUUUAGAUAUCGCCUGCGUUGCCCUUACUCUUUUUUCGUGCUUUCCUUUUUGUCCCUUUUCCCGGUUGAAUCGAGCAACAUCGAGGAGGUGGUUGGAUGGUGACGGUGGCGCCUCCUGGCCAAAGACCUCAUGGCUGUUCCAUUUGUUCGCUGAUUCUUCACUGAGUUGGGACCACUCUCUCUCUCCCUCUGUCUGUGUGUGUGUGUGUGUGUGUGUGUGUCUGCAGAUACAAACAACAGGAGUUCGUCUACCAAGAUCGUUGGCUUCACGCGUCGAAACCUCAGCCGCUGCCCCUCCUCUCCAACAUUAUCCAUCCAUCCAAUUGGAAGAUUUUCGCUUGUCACUGAUUCCCCUCCCGCUCUACAUAUACUCAUCCAUUCCCUCCCCUUGAAGGUGAUACUUUUGCUCUAAUGGAGAAGCAAGGACAAGGACAACCACCAGUAAUGGGUGGAGGUACACCAUUGCCUUAUGGUACCCAACCAUAUCAAGCUUCUCAGAUGGUAGUUCCUGGUACUGCUGGACCUGCCGUGGGCAAUGUUCAAUCUGCAGGUCAGCCGGUUCCAUUUGCUGCUCCUCCAGCUCAAGUUGCUGCCCAGAACCAACUCAUUUAUCAGCACCUGCAUCAACAACAGCAAGCUCAUCAACUUCAACAGCUCCAGCUUUUCUGGGCUAACCAGCUUCAAGAAAUUGAACAGACGUCAGAUUUCAAGAAUCACAGUCUACCCUUGGCAAGAAUCAAAAAGAUUAUGAAGGCUGAUGAGGAUGUGAGGAUGAUAUCGGCUGAGGCUCCAAUCGUAUUUGCAAAAGCAUGUGAGAUGUUCAUUCUUGAGCUCACAUUGAGGUCAUGGAUACACACAGAGGAGAACAAGAGGAGGACAUUGCAGAAGAACGACAUAGCUGCUGCCAUCACUAGGAAUGACAUUUUCGACUUUCUGGUUGACAUAGUACCAAGGGAUGAGUUGAAGGAUGAGGUAGUUACAGGAAUCCCAAGAGCUGGUUCACUGCCUGUUGGAGGGCCACCCGAAAUGCUUCCUUACUAUUAUGUUCCUACACAACCUGUUACUCCCGUUGGAGCUCAAGGAAUGAUGAUGGGUAAGCCUCUUAUGGAUCCUGCCAUGUUUGGACAACAGCCUCAUCCAUAUGCUCCACAGCAAAUGUGGCAGCCUCCGGCUUCUAGCCAAGAGGAGCAACAGCCAACGACACAGCAAUAGCUGCAUUAACAGCCUUAGAGAAAGGUAAGGAAUACUGAUUUUUUUUUUUUUUCACGUGUGUAACCUUCAAACUGAGGUAAACAAUCGAUACAAUGAACCCAGAUUAUGUCUGUAAAUGCUAUGCUCAUGACAGAACGAUGCAUUGAAGCCUCCCUCUUUCUCUCAUGUUCUUUGUUGAGAAACAAAUCUUCCAUA